CCGGGGUGAGCCCGUCCCUGCCCGCAGCCUCCCCUUGCCCGCAGUUCGCUCCUGCUGCUCUCACUGCGCCCGAUCCCAUCCGGCAGCACAGGCGCCCUGCAGGCUUUGGCUCCAGGGCUCUGCACGGUGCCGGGCUCUGCUGAGGAGCACCAGGAGCAGAACCACACCUGGGUUUAUGCUUUCCCUUCGAGAGGGGCAGGCAGAAAUGUAAUGAACAAUGCGGGAAAUUAUCAGUGGCUGCAAAGCUGCUGGACGGAACUUAAAGGAUUUAUAUCUCAUGUCCUACAACACUCAGGCAAUAAAGCCAAGUGGAACAGCAGAAUCCUCUCUGUCCUCAAGGCCUGGAGUGGCACAAGAGGUCCCUGCCACAGCCUGAGAUGAACAAGUCACCUGCCCAUGUGUUGUUUACUCCUCUCUGAACUAUUUUAUAUAUUGAGCACCAUAUAAAAUCACAUUUUGAAUGCUUCUCCUUUGUCUCUCCCUAGUUAAAACCACAGCAGAGACAAACCAAACCAAACCCUCGGAAGAGAAUCCUUACUGGCUGGCAAGCAUCCUCAUUCCGAGCUGCAUAGGUAAGUAGCUUAAAAUUGAAAAUACAUUUUCCUACCCCAAAGCUGUCUGCUGUUAAAUACCUGGAGUCAAUGGUUGAUUUCACUCUCCCUUUCCCUUCUUUGUUAGUUCCCCCAGUAGCCCUUGGAAUUCUAGCUGGGAUCAUCGUGAGACGGAAAGAGAAUGAAAAGCACUCUUAUAAUGUGAAUUCACAAAAGCAGGAGGUGAAGGGAAGGGAUACAGGGAUGCACCUGGAGGUUACAGAUGAGAAGAAGCUCCCCAAGCUCUGGAAUUCCUAUUUUUGCCACACAGGGAAGUGCCACGUGUGUCCCAGCUGUGAGGAGCAGCUCCACAGUGCCCUGGCCCCUCUCUCAGAGCCCCCACAGCACGGCUGUGCCGCCUGCCAGGACUGGCUGAGCUCCCAGCCCCAAAAACCCCGCAGCUACUCGGUGCCCAGCGUGGGUGAUGGGGACAGUCAGAGCCCAGCAGGCACCAGCUCUCCUGCCAUGGAUGUGGAUGUGCUCAGGGCAGAUGGCACAGGAGGAGCUGCUCCAUGGAGGAGUGAGGCAGAGCAGCCCAUGGACCACCAAAGUGACCACAUCUGUCCCACCUGUGAGAGCUGGCUGCGUGCCCACACGGGCCAGGGGGACAGCAGGGCUGUGACACCGGGGGAGUGGCAGCACAAGGGCCCCCAGGGCCCCGUCUGCCCCCCCUGCACGGACAGACAGCUCCUGUCCCUCAUCCACGGGGACACAGCCAGCAGCCCCGUGUGCCCCCUGGCCGGGGAGGGCUCCCCAGCCCACCUGGUCCCUCCGCACAGCCCCAGCUGCCACCUGUGCCCCGUGUGCUCGGUGCCCAGCCACGCUCACCUGUGCCAGCCCCAGCGCCUGGCACCUGACGGAUAAAUCCAGGAGCUGAGGAGGGGAGUCCAGCACCGAUCCCUGGCAGGGAUUCAGCUCCCAGUGCAACAAAGGGACCUGAAAUCAAAGCUCUGACUUCACCUGGGCUGCCACAGAAGCAGAAAAACUAAACACACUUCAAACCCACCUCCGUGUUGGUUUAAUGCCCACUUUUUUGUUUAUUUUUGUAUGAGCAAAGUAUUUUUACAGCUCUCAAAGUGAGGCUUUAAAAAGUCAGUAAACGUUUCUUUGCGCUAGGAAAACAAUUUCCUCUUUGCACAAUCUUACGAGAUUUAUUUGUAUUUCCUAAACUAUUUUUUUAAACUGAGGUUCCUUUCCUAGUGUGCAGAUAAAAGUGCAAAAUUUACAGUUUUUAUAGUAAAACUGUUUUGUAAAUAAAAUUAAUAUAAAAUAAGGAAUACUGGUAUCCUGGCUCUGGGGUUUUUUUUCAUAUUUACUAAUCAAGCCUUUCCAUAGAGUGGCUUAAAAGAUUUUGCAGUCUCAUUAUUUGCCAGAU